UUUUCAUUUUUUGGAGUUGGUGUGUUGAAGUAAGUUUUAAAAAAAAUUUGAAGAUUAACGAUUUUGUGAUUCAUCGAGAAGAUACAUCAAGAAGAUUCAAUGGAGAUUCAAGAAAUAUACAAGAUUUAACGAAAAAAAUUACGCUUUAAAGAAAAAUUUUAAAAUAAUAAUAAAAAGAAAAAUUCGAGAAGAUUGAGAAAGAGAAGUUUGAAAUACUUUUAAUUCAAAUAGUAAAAGCUUUGAAACAAAUCAUUUUGUUUCUUAAUAAAAAGUUUUAUUACUAUUAAAAAAUAUGGCGCCAAAUUCUAAGGAUAUUCCAAUUCCUGAUCAAGGAAAUAAGAACGUCAAUUUAAACGAGAUCAAAUUACCUGCAGAUAUAGGCACGGAUUGGGAAUUUAAAAGACCUUGGGUUUGGAAGAACAUAAUCGGCUUCAUUCUUCUUCAUUUGGCUUGCAUUUAUGGUAUUUACAGAGCUAUUUAUUAUGCUAAAUCGAUAACAUCAAUUUGGGCACUACUAGUUCUUUUUGGUUCCGGUGAAGGGGUAACCAUCGGCGGUCACAGAUUAUACGCCCAUAAAGCCUUUAAAGCAAAAUUUUUAACAAGACUCGCAUUAAUUUUGCUCCAUACUGUAGCUGGACAAAACUGUAUGUAUAUUUGGGUGCGUGACCAUCGUCUUCACCAUAAAUAUAGUGACACCGAUGCUGAUCCCCACAAUGCAAAUCGUGGUUUCUUUUUCUCCCACAUGGGUUGGUUGAUGAGCCGCAAACAUCCCGCCGUUAUAGAGAAAGGAAAAACCAUCGACAUGUCUGAUUUGGAAGCCGAUUUCCUCGUCAUGUUCCAGAAAUUCUUUUAUAAACCUAUGUAUGUUUUAUUCGCUUUGGCGAUUCCAAUAGCAGUUCCAGUUUAUCUUUGGAAUGAAAAUUAUUACGAUGCUCUUUUUGUGGUUUAUUUCGCUAGAUAUAUUUUAACUUUAAAUAUAACUUGGUUGGUAAAUAGCGCCGCUCAUUUAUACGGAACAAAACCAUACGAUAAAAAUUUUGGUGCUGUUGAAAGUUGGUUUGUAUCUUUUGCAACUGUCGGUGAAGGUUGGCAUAAUUACCAUCACGCUUUUCCGUGGGAUUAUCGCGCUGGGGAAUAUGGAACCCACUACAGUUUGACUACUUUUAUAAUUGAUCUUUUAGAAAAAUUCGGAUUUGUUUACGAUUUAAAAACGACUCCUGGAAAUAUGAUCGAACAAAGAGUUUAUAGAACGGGAGAUCCUAGUUGUAAAGAAAAAGUACAAGAUGGGAAAAUUAUCGAUAUUAAUGGAAAUGAAAUUGAUCCAAAAUUACAAUUAAAAUUAAAGGGUUGA